UUUCGUACUUCCUUUCUGACCGGAAGAGCUGUUGUUUUUGUUAUCCAAAAUGGCGGCGGGGAUGUAUUUAGAACACUACCUGGACAGCAUAGAGAAUCUGCCAUUUGAGCUGCAGAGGAAUUUCCAACUGAUGAGAGACUUGGACCAAAGGACUGAGGACCUGAAGGGACAGAUUGAUUCUCUGGCACGGGAAUACACAUCCAAUGCACGGACGCUGUCUUCAGAACAGAAGCUAUCCCUUCUGCGGCAAAUCCAGCAAUCCUAUAGCAAGUGCAAGGAGUUUGGCGAUGAUAAAGUGCAGCUGGCUAUGCAGACAUAUGAGAUGGUGGACAAACACAUCCGGCGGCUAGACACAGACCUGGCCCGCUUUGAGGCCGACCUGAAGGAAAAGCAGAUUGAGAGCACCGACUACGACUCCACCUCCAGCAAGGGCAAAAAGAGUGAGCCACGAGGGCCCAAAGAGAAGAAAGUGGCUCGAACUCGGUCAAAGGUGAAGAACUCAGACGAUGACGGCAGCCCCAAAAAUGGACAGAAAAAAGUGAAGCUUAUCCAUACGGCGGAGUUCAAUCCUCCUGCAGUGAAUUUCGGGAACGUCCACCCUUCUGAUGUAUUGGACAUGCCAGUGGAUCCCAACGAGCCCACCUACUGCCUCUGUCACCAGGUUUCAUAUGGAGAAAUGAUUGGCUGUGACAACACGGAUUGCUCCAUUGAAUGGUUCCACUUUGCCUGUGUGGGACUGACGACCAAGCCCAGAGGAAAAUGGUACUGUCCACGCUGCUCUCAGGAGAGGAAAAAGAAAUAAACGGAGAACAAGAUGGGACACAACAUUUGAGAUGGGGCUUGAGAGAGGAGAGGGGGAUUAAGAGUUCUCCCUCCCUCAUGGGGUAGUAAUGAUGUAGGCUUUGGUUAGUCUCCCCACUCCAGUGUUUGGUGCUUGUUUUCCCCAUAUAUCUACUUUCCCGUCUGUCUGAGGCAGGGAGUGACAAUGUGAUGGAGGAGUAGUUACAGCUGUAGUUUUAUUUUUGGAAUAAUGGUUAAUGGAUUUUCUUUUCUCUCCUUUUUAAAAAAAAAAACCAAGUUAUUAGAAAACUGACAGUGGAUCACAAGCAGCAUUAAUUUCCAGUGAUCCCAUCACUGACCUGGGCAUGGAUACCUUGUAUGGUGCUUCACAAUAUACUGUAUUUGUUGGUCAAGACUGUCCAAAUGUAGUAUGCAGAACUGGAAUACUUUUAAGAUGGAUUGUUCUGUGGUAGUAUGCAACUGUGUGCUCUUUUUACAGUGCUCAACAAUAGUUAGUAUGUCAAUGGGUGCUGCAUUACAUUAAUUUAAACAGUAUUAUGUUUGGAUUGAAAUUACAAGGCCUUCAGUAUAUGACUGGACCACACUAAUAUUACUGUGCUUGAUUGAACAAGGUUGGAAUGGACUUUGUGUAAGAAAAACAGCCAAUGUAAAUAAUUGAUAUACCAUUGAGGAAAAAGUGUACAUUUGUUUUGAAUUGUUAAAUACAACUACUAACGUGAAUAAUUCUGCCUCAUUUAUUUUGACAAGCACAACCAAACGGCAAUUGCUGUCUUAGUGGGUGAGGAUGUCUGAUUGCUCCAUCCCACAAACUGUGUCCCAGUUAGCCAAAAAAGCCAGUUAGCCAUACUAUUUUUAGUAUGCCUUUGUUUUGGAAUCAUUCUGUAAAGAAUAAUUGAAAGGACUAGUAUGAUGUGGGAACACGUGUGAAGUAUUUUACUCGGUUAUUAUAUUUGAUUAUCUAACUUCUGUGGGAUUGAUAAUAAAUGUAGCCAUUUUUUUGUAA